GACAACAUCUCAGUAAUACAAUUGCCAAAAACUGUGACAACAUCUCGGUGAUUACUAGCAUGGAGGCCAAGCUCGUAGUGAUCCUUGCAGCCUGCAUCUUGCUUUCCUUGAGCAACAAAGGCCAUGCACAGCCGUGCUCACCGUCGGAUCUCCUCGUCAACCACACCACCAUGCCGGGGAAGGUCGGGGGGCGCCCGCACUACCUGGUGACGGUGGAGAACAGGUGCGUCUGCACGCAGCUCGGCGUGAAGCUGGCGUGCGCGGGGUUCAGCUCCACCGUCACCGUCGAGCCGGCCGGCGUGGUCACGCCGAACAUGGACAACACGCUCUGCACCCUCUACGGCGGUCAGCCGAUGCAUGCAAACGAGACGGUCUUGUUCGCGUACGCGUCGAGGACGAAGAUCAGCUUCAGGCCCGUCUCGUCGUUCCUCGACUGCUCCAUAGCCCCCGCGCUGGCUCCGCAGGCUGCACCAUGAUGUUCAGAUACUCCAGUAGCCAUGCAACGGUGCCGGUUUAGAAAGUGACACCAACAAUCUUGUUUCA